AUGGAACUAGGACUAAAUCAAGCCCUAAUUGCAGUUAAGCAUCGCGGACAAACGGUGCCCUUGGAUGGUCUUUACUCCAUUUUAGGUUUAUUGCCUUACGGAAAUAAAGUAGAAGUUAAUUAUAAAAAAGAAUUAAAUAUUGAACUAAAAAAAAUAAUGGAACUAGCAAUGGCUAAUGGCGCUCCUUAUGAAUGUCUCUCUUGGUUAGGUGCUCGACACAUUAAUCCAAAAUGCAAAGUAUCAGCUACUGGUUGGGAAUUGGUUGGUUACAAGUAUUUAGUAACAGAAGAUGAUAAAAAAACUGGAGAAAAAAUUGGUGAUAUUAGAAUCUUACCUAAUUAUAAUUUUUUAGAAAUUACUCUUCCCGUUGCUGAUAAAGCUACCCGACCAAUUGUUUUUGAGGAUCCAAGUUUUGGUUAUGAUUACGAUGAUAAACUCUUCCUCGAUAUGGUCAAUAAAGAACUAAUUACUGGCGAGGAACUAAUUACCCAAUAUCAGCAGCAAUUACCAGUUAUUCAAAGACAGAACCAAUCUUUUAGUUUAGUUUAUGAUAAAAAGGAAACUUCCGUCAAUAUCGGCAAGCAUGCUAAAAUUGAAGAAAAAGGCAAAUUAAUUAGUGCUGGCGGAAACGCUUUCAAUUCAUUAACUUUUGGAAUUAUCAAGGCUUUGGGAGAAGCAAUCCAAUCAGUGAAUGUUUUUUCUAAGAGAAAGCUUUUGACUAAACUUAGUGGGGAAUUUCAGAAACAUUUGGCAACUGAUGAAGCCAAUUUAAAGCUUUUUGCUAAUGCUUGCUUCUCUUUAGUUGACAUUGUUAAAAAAAAUAAAGAAUUAGGAAUUGGUUCUGACGUUAUUGGCAAUAAUUGGGUUGGGGUUGAUAGUUUGAGUGCUGUGGUCUUGGGUUAA